GCACAUCAUCAAUACUUUUAAAGUUAUCUCCAUACUCUCUAUUAAACAAUGGCUAUUCAAAAGCUUCUUUCACUUCUCUUUUCUCAACUGGUUCUCUUCCUCCUGUUUCUAGACCUAACUAAUUCGCAAGGAUUACAAGUUGGGGUACAGGUUGGGAUAGGCUUAAAUACUCCUCAAGGGUUGCAACUCGGUUUCUAUCGCCAGACAUGCCCAAAUGCAGAGAGUACUAUCCAUGAUAUGGUUCAACAAUUCAUUUCCAGUGAUCGAACACUUGCUGCUCCUUUACUAAGACUGCAUUUUCAUGAUUGUUUCGUUAGGGGAUGUGAUGGUUCUGUGCUAUUAAAUUCUACAAGCACCAAUCAAGCUGAGAAAGAUGCGGUCCCCAACCAGACGUUAAGAGGUUUCAAUGUGAUUGACGCUAUAAAAUCUGCAGUAGAAAAGGAAUGUCCUGGUGUGGUUUCUUGUGCUGAUAUUGUGGCCUUGGCAGCUCGAGAUUCAGUUGCGAUGGUUGGUGGACCAUCUUGGGUUGUUGCCACUGGACGUAGAGAUGGAACGGUCUCUCGUGCUUCAGAGGCUUUAGCACAGAUACCGUCUCCUUUCGCCAAUAUAAACCAACUAAAGCAAAACUUUAGUGCAAAGGGCUUAAGCGUGAAGGACCUAGUGGUUCUAUCAGGAGCACACACCAUUGGAAUUGGACAUUGCUUUGUAAUCAUUAACCGCCUGUACAAUUUCACUGGGAAAGGCGACACAGACCCCUCGUUGGACCCAGCAUACGCAGCUCAGUUGAAGACGAUAUGUAAGCCUGGAGACAACACCACUGUUGUGGCGAUGGACCCUGGAAGCUCCACGUUAUUCGAUGCCGAUUACUACAAUGUUGUAGCUACAAGAAGAGGGCUGUUCCAAUCUGAUGCAGCUCUGCUCAAUGAUAUCCAAACAAGAGUUUAUGUCACACUUCAGUCUUCAACAAAUGGAAUCACUUUCGCACAAGAUUUUGCUCAGUCAAUGGUGAAACUAGGCAACAUUGGAGUCCUCACCGGCAGCCAAGGUGAAAUCAGGAAACAGUGUGCGGUGGUAAACUAA